GCGCUGCUGAAGGAGGCAAGUGCCCAUGGGGAGCAGCUGGCAGGGCUGGAGGCUGUGGCUGCCCGCCUGAGGGACUUCAGCAGGAGGCAGGAUGGAGCUGUCAUCCAGAAUCUGCUGCUGAGUGCCAGGGAGCGGCUGGGCAAGGUGCUGCAGCGGGCAGCUGAGCGUGGGGCACAGCUGGAGGAUGCCCGCAAGCGCGCCAAGCAGUUCAGCGAGUCCCGGCGACUGCUCCUGGACUGGAUGGAUGAGGUGGAGCAGAGCCUGGAGGUACCACAGGAUGCAGGCAUGAGCCAGGAGGAGAUCAAGGACCAGCUGGCUGAGCACAAGGUGGGCUUCCAGGAGGAAGUCAAGGGCCAGCUGGCUGCAUUCCAGAAGGUUCUGCGUGCCAAGCGCCCAGUGCUGGAGGCCACUCUGCGCAGCGGGAGGGCACUGCGGGAGCGGGCACGGUGCCAGCAGGACCUGCAGCCGCUGGAGGAGCUGCUGGGGGAGCUGAAGGAGCGAUGGGAUGGGCUCUGUGCCCAUGCCGCGGAGAGGUGGCACCAGUGGCACCUGCAGCACCAGCUGGAGGAGCAGCUGCUGUUCUCAGGCAGGUUCUCAGAGGCGCUGCGGGCCCUGCUGGACUGGCUGUGCCACGCCGAGCCCCAGCUCUGCCAGGAUGCGCCUGUCGGUGGGCACCGCGACCUGGUGGCUGACCUGAUGGACAAGCACAAGGUGUUCCAGAAGGAGCUGGGCAAGCGGGCAAGCUGCGUGCGGGCACUGAAGCGCUGGCUGCGGGACCUGCCGCGGGGCAGCACUGGCACCGGCGACUCGCAGUGGCUGCAGCAGCAAGUGGAGGAGCUCAGUGCCCGCUGGGACCUGGUCUGUGCCCUCUCUGUCUGCAAGCAGACCCGGCUGGAGGCUGCCCUGCGCCAGGCAGAGGAGUUCCACAGCCUGGUCCAGUCCUUCCUGGGUCACCUCUCGGAGUCGGAAAAAAGUCUCAAGUUUGGCAUCUUGCCCGAGGAGGAGGAGGCCGUGCAGGAGUGCCAGGGCCAGCUGCAGUGCCAGGAGCUGGAGCUGGAGUGCAUCACCUCACUAGGGGAAGAGAUCCUGGCCACCUGCCACCCUGAUUCCGUUGUCACCAUCAAGUCCUGGGUGACAGUGGUCAAGAGCCGCUUCCAGGAGGUGCUGAGCUGGGCGCAGCAGCAGGGGGAGCGGCUGCGGGCGCAGGCAGCAGCGCUGGCGGUGCAGCGGGAGGAGGUGGCACGGCUGGCAGAGUGGAUGGCAUCGGCUGAGGAGGCGCUGAGCCUGCGGGACCAGGAGCCACUGCCCGAAGAGGCCAAGGCGCUGGAGGAGCUCAGUGUCCAGCACACGGUCUUCAUGGAGGAGCUGAACCGCAAGCAGCCUGAGGUGGAGAAGGUCACCAAGAGCAGCAAGCAGAAGCUGGGCCCUGACCUGGGACCCCCGGCCACCCGCCGGCUGCCCUCACGUCGCCGCAGCAGCGGAAAGGCAGCAGGCACGCUGGCAGUGCCACUCGGGGGGCUGGAGGCCCAGAGCCCGCUGUUGGCCCAGCUCCUGCAGCGCUGGCAGCAGCUCUGGCUGCUGACACUGGACCGGCAGUACCGGCUGGAGACCGCCCAGCAGCGCCUGCGCGAGCUGGAGGAGUUUGCCCACUUUGACUUCGGGGCCUGGCGCCAACGCUACGUGCAGUGGAUCGGGCGGCGCAAGGCACGGGCACUCGACAUCUUCCGUGGCAUCGACCGGGAGCAGGCUGGGCGCGUCAGCCAGCGCCAGUUCAUCGCCAGCGUCCUUGCCUCCAAGUUCCCCACCAACGUGCUGGAGAUGACAGCGGUGGCUGCCAUCUUUGACACCAACGGCGAUGGCUUCAUCGACUACUGCGAGUUCCUCAGUGCCCUGCACCCCAGCCGGGACCCCCUGCGCCGCGGUGCCGACGCUGACCAGAUCCAGGACGAGGUCAACAGGCAGGUGGCCCAGUGCAACUGUGCCAAGCGCUUCCAGGUGGAGCAGAUCAGUGCCAACAGGUACCGGUUCCCGUCUCAGACCGUGCCCACCUGGUGCCUACAGUUCGGGGAGUCGCAGCAGCUGCGCAUGGUGCGGAUCCUGCGCAGCACCCUGAUGGUGCGGGUCGGCGGCGGCUGGAUCGCGCUGGACGAGUUCCUGGUGAAGAACGACCCCUGCAGAGGUGCCCACGGGGGAGGUCUGCGGUGGCGGGAAGCCAGGUGCCGCCAUGCGGUGAAGGGCAGGACCAACCUGAAGAUCAAUGAGCGCUACCUGUCCUCAGACGCCUUCGGGGCCACCAAGGGUGCAGGGACCCCCGCGUCCCCCUCCCCCAAAGCGCUGAGCAUCGCAGGUGUGUACGUGGAGGCCUCCAAGAAGACAAUGAGCUUUUAUGAUGCCACCAGAGAGCACCUCCUGAGCCUGGACUCAGCGCUCUGCCUGCUGGAGGCUCAGGCUGCCACAGGCUCCAUGGUGGACCCGGUGAGGACCAGGCAGGUCUCAGUGGCAGAGGCUGUGCAGCUGGGGCUGGUGGGGCUGGAGCUGAAGGAGAAGCUGCUGGCUGCAGAGAGAGCUGCCACCGGCUUCGUGGAUCCCUACACCGAGGAGAAGAUCUGCCUCUACCAGGCCAUGCAGAAGGAGCUGAUGGGACAGGAACAGGGCACCCGGCUGCUGGAGGCCCAGGUGGCCACCGGGGGCAUCAUUGACCCCACCACUGGCUGCCGGCUGCCAGCAGAUGCUGCCCAUCAGAGGGGGUGUCUGAGUGAAGAGCUGACCCAGCUUCUGGCUGACCCCAGCAGUGAGGACACCAAAGGGUUCCUCGACCCCAACACUAUGGAGAAGGUCACCUACAGGGAACUCAUGAAGAGGUGCGUGGUGGACCCAGUCUCAGGCUUCCUCCUGCUGCCCCUGCAGGUCACGUUCCCUGGGCUGGGAGGGAGGGUGAGCAGCAGGGACCUGCUAGACUCUGGCAUCAUCAGCCCUGAGACCUUCAAGGCUCUGGAGGAGGGAAGAGUUUCCACCCAGGAGGUGGCAGAGGAUGACUCGGUUCAGCAGUUCCUGCACGGGACAAGGAGCGUGGCCGGGGUUGUCCUGGCCUCGGGUGAGCGGAGAAGCCUCUACCAGGCACUGCAAGAGCAUCUCCUGGUGCCUGGAGCUGCUCUGAUGCUCCUGCAGGUCCAGGCCUCCAUGGGCAGCCUGAUGGACCCCAUAAAGAACAAAAGCUUCUCUGUGGAUGAGGCUGUCAGGGUGGGUCUCAUUGGCCCAGAGCUUCAUGAGAAGCUAUCCUCAGUGGAGAGAACCCUCACUGGGUACCAGGACCCCUGCACUGGGGAGAUGCUCUCUCUCUUCCAAGCCACCAAGAAAGGCUUCAUCCCCCAGAGUCUCGGCUUCUGCCUUCUGGAGGCCCAGGUGGCCACGGGGGGCAUAAUUGCCCCAGGCAGGCACCUCCGUGUCCCCCCAGAAACAGCCUGCAGAUGGGGACUCCUGGACGAGGCCACCAGGCAGCUCCUCUCCAGCCCUGCUGAGGAUAGCAAAGGGUUCUUCGACCCCAGCUCCAAGGAGAAGCUGAGCUACGCGGAGCUGCUCAAGCGCUGUGUCACCGACCCUAGCACAGGACUCCUGCUGCUGCCUCUUGGAGAGGGGACCCAGCUCUUCUUUGACCACAGGAGCCAAGCAGCUCUGGAGGACACAUGGGUGCCUGUUGCUCUGGGCAGGUUCAAGGGCAAGCCGGUGUCCCUCUGGAAGCUUCUAUUCUCUGACCUCCUCCCCAGUGGGCUGAGAGCUGCCCUGGCCCAGCGCUACCUUGCAGGGACGCUCUCUGCACAGGAGCUGGGGAAGGAGAUCAGUGCCACCAUCGAGGAGGUGGCUUCCACUGCUAAUGUCACCUUUGAAGGGCUGAGGGAGCAGGUGACAGCCGACCAGCUCCUGAGCUCCGAGAUCAUCAACAAGGAUUUGUUUAAGAAGCUAAAGGAGGGAGAAACCUCAGCCAAAGACGUUGUCAGCAUGGACACCAUCAAGAAGUACCUGAAAGGGACAGGGAGCAUCGGGGGGCUGCUGCUGCCUGACUCCCAGGAGAAGAUCAGCAUUUACCAGGCCAAGAGGAAGGGCCUCUUGCGGCCAGGGACCUCACUGAUCCUGCUGGAGGCCCAGGCUGCCACCGGCUUCAUCAUUGACCCCGCUGCCAACAGGGGGUACUCAGUGGAUGAGGCUCUGAGGGCCAACAUCAUCGGCCCAGAUGUCUAUGAGAAGCUGCUAUCUGCCGAGAAGGCCGUCACAGGCUACAGAGAUCCCUACUCAGGAGACACCAUCUCCCUCUUCCAGGCCAUGCAGAAGGAGCUGAUCGUCAAGGAGCAUGGCAUUCGCCUUCUCGAGGCCCAGAUCGCCACUGGCGGCAUCAUCGACCCCGUCCACAGCCACCGCAUCCCCGUGGAGGUGGCCUACAAGCGUGGCUACUUCAACAAGAAGAUGAACUUGAUCCUGUCCGACCCCAGUGACGACACCAAGGGCUUCUUCGAUCCCAACACCCAUGAGAACCUCACCUACCUGCAGCUGAAGGAGAAGUGCAUCACCGAGGCGUCCACUGGGCUCUGCCUCCUGCCCCUCAACAGCAGGAAGCGCCAGUUCGUCGACGAUGCCACCAGAAAGGUCUUCAGGAGCUCCUGGUUGUCCGUCAGGUUUGGGCGGCUCCGCGGCAAGAAGGUGUCCAUGUGGGACCUGCUGAACUCUGAGUACUUCAGCGAGGGGAGGCGUCGGGAGAUCUUCAACCACUAUCAGCUGAGGAAGGUCACCCUGGAGCAGAUCAAGGCCAUGCUGGAGGAGGAAAUGAAGAAAUGGGCUCCCAUCAAGUUCUCGGCCAUGAGAGGCAGUGUCAGCGCCUACCACCUGAUGGAGACUGGUGUCAUUGACAAGGUCCUGUUUGAGAAGGUGCUGGAGGGCUCUGUCACGCCAGAGCAGGUCCUGAACAUGGAAUCUGUCAGGAAGUACCUCUACGGCUCGGGCAGCAUUGGGGGAAUCGUCCUUCAGCCAUCAAACCAGAGAAUGAGCAUCUACGAGGCCAUGAAGCAGAACAUCAUGGUCCCGGGAGUUGCCCUGCCACUGCUGGAGGCCCAGGCUGCCACUGGCUUCAUCAUUGACCCAGUGACUAACCAGAAGCUGUGUGUGGAUGACGCCAUCAAGGAGGGUGUCAUCGGGCCAGAAGUCCACGAGAAGCUGCAGCACGCAGAAGGGGCUGUGACAGGCUACAAAGACCCUUUCACGGGCAAGAAGAUCCCCCUCUUCCAGGCGAUGAAGAAGGGCCUGGUGGCCGACAAGCAGGCCAUGCAGCUGAUGGAGGUGCAGAUGGCUACAGGAGGCAUCAUUGACCCAACGUGUGGCCACCAUCUCCCCACCGAAUCUGCCCAGAAGCGAGGGUGCCUGGAUGAGGACACAAGCAAAGCCCUCUCCGUGCCCAGUGACAGCACCAGAGCCUUCUGUGUCCCGGACAGCAAGGAGCCCCUGACCUACGCUGAGCUGAUCGAGCGCUGCCAGAAGGAUGAGGUCUCUGGCUUCCACCUGCUGCCUCUGGCCCAGCCAGCAGCUCCCAGCUACACUGACCAGCAGAUCCAGCAGAUCUUCAAGGAGACAAUGAUGAAGGAGAAGGGGGUAUCCCUCUGGGAGCUGAUCCACUCUGGGUACUUCACUGAGGAGCAGAAGAGAGACUUCAUGGAGAGGUUCCGCUCCCAGGACAUGUCGCUGCAGCAGCUGGUGGCUCUUGUGCUCAGGCUGGUUGGAGAGAUGGAGAUGAAAGCCGGCUCCAAGAUCUUCUUGGAAGGUUUGAGGGGUGGUGUUCCUGCAGUCUGGCUGCUGGAUACCGGCAUCAUCACCCAGAAGACCUUUGAAGAACUGGCUCAGGGCACAAGGACUCCCGAGGAGGUGGCUGCGAUGGAGAGUGUGAGAAGGUACCUGCAGGGCACAGGCAGCAUCGCUGGGGUGCUCGUAGAGGCAUCCAAGAAGAAGAUGAGCUUCUACGAAGCCAUGAAAAGCAACCUCCUUCUCUCUGGGGCUGCUCUGAAACUGCUGGAAGCUCAGGUGGCCACAGGACACCUGACAGACCCUGCCACCAACCAGAGGCUGAGCGUGAGGGAUGCUGUGAAAGCAGCUGUGGUUGGUGAGGAGCUCACCGAGAAGCUGCUCCUGGCCGAGCGGGCAGUGACCGGCUACAUGGACCCCUACACAGGCAGCUCCAUCUCGCUGUGCCAGGCGCUCCGCAAAGACCUGCUUCCCCUGGCAGAUGCUGUGCCCUUGCUGGAGGCCCAGCUGGCCACAGGAGGGGUCAUCGACCCCAUGCACCACCAUCACCUCCCACUCCGGGCCGCCUGCAGAUACGGCUUCUAUGAUGAGGACCUGAACCAAACACUCUCGCAGGUGGAUGACACCACCAGGGUCUUCUUCGACCCCAACACGAAGGAGAAGGUGACCUACCAGCAGCUGAAGGAUAGGUGCGUCUGUGAUGCCGAGUCAGGGCUCUGGCUCCUUCCCCUGUCAGAGGAGGCCAUGUUCUGUGUGGAUGAGCAAACCAUGGAGGUGCUGAAGUCUGUGACCGUUUGCGUCAACAUUGGGCGGUUCAAAGGGCAGACGGUGUCCAUCUGGGACCUGCUCAACUCGGAGUACCUCUCAGACAGCAAGAGAAGAGAGCUGGUGCAGAAGUUCAAGGACGAGAACACCGAGGUGCUGUGUGAGAUUGUAACCAUCGUCACCACCAUCAUCGAAGAGACCGAGGCACAGGGCAGAAAGUUUGCCUUCCAGGGCCUGCGGAAGCGAGUGUCGGCCAGCGACCUCUUCCAGUCCCAGCUGAUAGACAAGAAAACCCUCGAUGAGCUCAACCAGGGGAAGAAAACAGUCAAAGAGGUCACUGAGAUGGAGUCUGUCCGCCAGUACCUGGAGGGCAACAAUUUCAUAGCAGGAGUGCUCAUCCAGCCAAGCAAGGAGAAGAUGAGCAUCUACCAGGCCAUGAGGAGGGGUAUCCUGAGGCCAGGGACAGCUCUGGUGCUGCUGGAGGCACAGGCGGCCACUGGCUACAUCAUCGACCCAGAGAAGAACCAGAAGCUGUCAGUGGAGGACGCAUUGGAUGCAGGCCUGAUUGGAGGGGAGGUCUUCGAGAAGCUGCUGUGUGCUGAGAGGGCUGUAACGGGCUACACUGACCCCUACACCAAGGCCCCCAUGUCUCUCUUUGAAGCCAUGAACCAGGGGCUGAUUGUGAAGAGCCACGGCAUCCGCCUGCUCGAGGCCCAGAUCGCCACCGGUGGCAUCAUCGACCCUGUCCACAGCCACCGCAUCCCCGUGCAGGUAGCCUAUCAGCGUGGCUACUUCAACCAGGAGAUGAACCAGAUCCUCUCUGACCCCAGUGAUGACACCAAGGGCUUCUUUGACCCCAACACCCACGAGAACCUCACCUAUAUGCAGCUCCUGGAGAGAUGUGUCCAAGACUCCGAGACUGGGUUGUACAUGCUACAGGUGGUGAAGGAAGGAGGAAAGUACUUCUACAUUGAUGAGGUCACCAAGCAGGUUUUGCGCUCAAAGACCCUCAAAGUGAACGUUGGAAAGUUCAAGGACCAAUCAGUUUCCGUCUGGGAGGUCCUCUGUUCCCACUACAUCUCCAAGCACAAGCGGAAGGAGCUGGUGAUGCAGUACAAGUACAAGACCCUGACCCUGGAAGACCUCAUAGCCCUCAUCUGCAAGAUCAUUGAGGACACUGAGCGAAGAGCAGAAGCCUUGAAGGUCAGAGGGCUCCGUGGGGACGUGUCUGUGGCAGAGCUGUUCAGUUCUGAGAUCAUCGACAAGAAAACUCUGGAUCAGCUGCAGGAUGGAAGCCUCACGCUUGCCAGCCUCACCCAGAGGGAUACCAUCAAGAGGUACUUAGAUGGCACUGGUUGCAUCGCUGGGGUGCUGCUGCCAAAAAGGCAGGAGAAAAUGAGCAUCUACCAGGCCCUGCAGAAGGGCCUCCUGACAGAGCAGUGUGCAGAGGGGCUGCUGGAGGCACAGGCAGCCACUGGGUUCCUCAUUGACCCACUGAGGAGCCAGAAGCUGCCAGUGGCUGAGGCGGUGGUGGCCGGGCUGGUAGGCAGAGAGCUGCAGGAGAAGCUGCUGCUGGCAGAGAAGGCUGUGAUGGGCUACACAGAGCCUCAGACAGGAGACAAGAUCUGCCUCUUCCAGGCCAUACAGCAGAAGAUGGUGGUCAAGGAGCAUGGCAUCCGCCUGCUGGAGGCCCAGCUAGCCACUGGCGGCAUCAUCGACCCUGUCCACAGCCACCGCCUGCCUGUGGAAGUGGCCUACAGGCGCGGCUGCUUGGAUGAUGACAUGUUCCUCCUGCUGUCCGACCCAGACCAUGGCAGCAAAGGGUUCAUAGACCCAAACACCCAGGAGAAGAUCAGCUAUGGGCAGCUCCUGCAGAGAUGUGCCAAAGACAGAGACACUGGGUUCUACCUGCUGCAGGUGAUGGAACAGGAAGAGGACUACUUCUACAUCGACGAGCAGACAAGGAAGGCCCUGUUGGCCACCAAAGUGCAAGUGCCAGUGGGAAAAUACAGAGGAAAGGUCUUUUCCCUGUGGGAGCUGCUCUGCUCUGAGUACAUCACCGAGGAGAAACGGAAAGAGCUGGUGAAGAGAUACAAAGAGGAAUCCAACCACAUUCUCCAGGGCAUCGUUGAGACAAUCCUAAACAUCAUCAAGGAAAGAGAAGAGGAUAGAAGUGACAUCUGGUUCCAGGGGCUCAGACAGCAGAUAACAGCGUCAGAACUUCUCAGUGCACAGAUUAUCACAGAGGAGACCAUGGAGAAGCUCCACAAGGGAAAGGAGACAGCAGAAGACAUCGCACAGAUGGAGAGUGUCAGAAGAUACCUUGAGGGAACCGGAAGUAUUGCCGGAGUGCUGGUGCCCUCCAAGGCUGACCCCACCAAGCUGGAGAAGAUGAGCAUCUACCAGGCCAUGUGGAAGGGCAUCCUGAGGCAGGGCACGGCACUGGUGCUGCUGGAGGCGCAGGCGGCCACCGGCUUCAUCAUUGACCCAGUCAACAACAAGAAGCUGUCGGUGGACGAGGCGGUGGCGGCCGGGCUGGUGGGCAGCGAGCUACAGAAAAAGCUGCUCUCUGCUGAGAAAGCUGUGACUGGCUACAGCCACCCCUGCACAGGGCAGAAGAUGUCCCUCUUCCAGGCCAUGCAGAAGGAGCUGAUCGUCAAGGAGCAUGGCAUCCGCCUGCUCGAGGCCCAGAUCGCCACCGGUGGCAUCAUCGACCCCGUCCACAGCCACCGCCUGCCCGUGGAAGCUGCCUACCAGCGCGGCUACUUUGACCAGGAGAUGAACCAGGUCCUGUCCGACCCCGGUGAUGAUACCAAGGGCUUCUUCGACCCCAACACCCAGGAGAACCUCACCUACCUGCAGCUGCUGCGCCGCUGUGUGCCCGACCCAGCCACAGGGCUGCUGAUGCUGCAGCUGAUGGACAGGAGCUCAGUGCUGCACCAACUGUCCGAGGAUGCUCGCAAAGCCCUGCAGAGCACCCGCACCACCCUCAGCCUGGGGCUCUUCCAGGGCCAGAGCGUCACCCUCUGGGAGCUCCUCUUCUCCCGCUACGUCCCCGAGCUCCAGCGCCAGGACCUCCUACGCCAGUACAAGGCAGGGACGGUCACCAUCUCUGAGAUGCUCACCCUGCUCACCACCAUCGUCAUGGAGGCAGAGGGCCAGGGACAUAAAACUGCCCUGGGACAGAAGGUGACACAGGAGGAGGCCCCAGGAAAAGCCAAGAAUGGGGAGCCCCAGGACUCCAGGAACGGUGACACCAUAGGUGAGGACCAGGAAUGUGAAUGGGAGUUGAAGCAGUCCCUCAAGUCCUACACUACCGAGGUCCCAGCAGGAGCUUUCCAGGCCACAAAGGUCUCCCUCUGGGAGCUCCUCUUCUCCACCUAUGUCACUCAUGCCAAGAGGCAGGAGCUGCUGGGGCAGCUGAAGGCUGGCAGCCUGGCACUGGAUGAGCUGGCCAGGCUCCUCACCCUGCUGGUGCAGGAGGCCCUGGAGCGCAGCAGCCAGGUCAAGUUCAGAGGCCUCCGCAGGCAGGUGACCGCCUCGGACCUGCUGGACUCAGGCAUCAUCGACAGCGACACGAUGGCCCAGUUGGUGCAGGGCUCCAAGACGGUGCAGGAGGUGACCCAGAUGGCCUCCGUCAAGCGCUACCUGGAAGGCACCGGCUGCAUCGCCGGAGUGCUGGUGCCCUCCAAGGCCGACCCCGCCAAGCUGGAGAAGAUGAGCAUCUACCAGGCCAUGUGGAAGGGCAUCCUGAGGCAGGGCACGGCACUGGUGCUGCUGGAGGCGCAGGCGGCCACUGGCUUCCUGCUCGACCCCCACAGCAACCAGAAGCUGUCGGUGGACGAGGCGGUGGCGGCCGGGCUGGUGGGCAGCGAGCUGCACGAGAAGCUGCUGUCGGCGGAGAGGGCAGUCACCGGCUACAAGGACCCCUACACCGGGGACAAGAUCUCCCUCUUCCAGGCCAUGCAGAAGGAGCUGAUCGUCAAGGAGCAUGGCAUCCGCCUGCUCGAGGCCCAGAUCGCCACCGGUGGCAUCAUCGACCCCGUCCACAGCCACCGCCUGCCCGUGGAAGCUGCCUACCAGCGCGGCUACUUUGACCAGGAGAUGAACCAGGUCCUGUCCGACCCCGGUGAUGACACCAAGGGCUUCUUCGACCCCAACACCCAGGAGAACCUCACCUACCUGCAGCUGCUGCGCCGCUGUGUGCCCGACCCAGCCACAGGGCUGCUGAUGCUGCAGCUGAUGGACAGGAGCUCAGUGCUGCACCAACUGUCCGAGGAUGCUCGCAAAGCCCUGCAGAGCACCCGCACCACCCUCAGCCUGGGGCUCUUCCAGGGCCAGAGCGUCACCCUCUGGGAGCUCCUCUUCUCCCGCUACGUCCCCGAGCUCCGGCGCCAGGACCUCCUACGCCAGUACAAGGCAGGGACGGUCACCAUCUCUGAGAUGCUCACCCUGCUCACCACCAUCGUCAUGGAGGCAGAGGGCCAGGGACAUAAAACUGCCCUGGGACAGAAGGUGACACAGGAGGAGGCCCCAGGAAAAGCCAAGAAUGGGGAGCCCCAGGACUCCAGGAACGGUGACACCAUAGGUGAGGACCAGGAAUGUGAAUGGGAGUUGAAGCAGUCCCUCAAGUCCUACACUACCGAGGUCCCAGCAGGAGCUUUCCAGGCCACAAAGGUCUCCCUCUGGGAGCUCCUCUUCUCCACCUAUGUCACUCAUGCCAAGAGGCAGGAGCUGCUGGGGCAGCUGAAGGCUGGCAGCCUGGCACUGGAUGAGCUGGCCAGGCUCCUCACCCUGCUGGUGCAGGAGGCCCUGGAGCGCAGCAGCCAGGUCAAGUUCAGAGGCCUCCGCAGGCAGGUGACCGCCUCGGACCUGCUGGACUCAGGCAUCAUCGACAGCGACACGAUGGCCCAGUUGGUGCAGGGCUCCAAGACGGUGCAGGAGGUGACCCAGAUGGCCUCCGUCAAGCGCUACCUGGAAGGCACCGGCUGCAUCGCCGGAGUGCUGGUGCCCUCCAAGGCCGACCCCGCCAAGCUGGAGAAGAUGAGCAUCUACCAGGCCAUGUGGAAGGGCAUCCUGAGGCAGGGCACGGCACUGGUGCUGCUGGAGGCGCAGGCGGCCACUGGCUUCCUGCUCGACCCCCACAGCAACCAGAAGCUGUCGGUGGACGAGGCGGUGGCGGCCGGGCUGGUGGGCAGCGAGCUGCACGAGAAGCUGCUGUCGGCGGAGAGGGCAGUCACCGGCUACAAGGACCCCUACACCGGGGACAAGAUCUCCCUCUUCCAGGCCAUGCAGAAGGAGCUGAUCGUCAAGGAGCAUGGCAUCCGCCUGCUCGAGGCCCAGAUCGCCACCGGUGGCAUCAUCGACCCCGUCCACAGCCACCGCCUGCCCGUGGAAGCUGCCUACCAGCGCGGCUACUUUGACCAGGAGAUGAACCAGGUCCUGUCCGACCCCGGUGAUGAUACCAAGGGCUUCUUCGACCCCAACACCCAGGAGAACCUCACCUACCUGCAGCUGCUGCGCCGCUGUGUGCCCGACCCAGCCACAGGGCUGCUGAUGCUGCAGCUGAUGGACAGGAGCUCAGUGCUGCACCAACUGUCCGAGGAUGCUCGCAAAGCCCUGCAGAGCACCCGCACCACCCUCAGCCUGGGGCUCUUCCAGGGCCAGAGCGUCACCCUCUGGGAGCUCCUCUUCUCCCGCUACGUCCCCGAGCUCCGGCGCCAGGACCUCCUACGCCAGUACAAGGCAGGGACGGUCACCAUCUCUGAGAUGCUCACCCUGCUCACCACCAUCGUCAUGGAGGCAGAGGGCCAGGGACAUAGAACUGCCCUGGGACAGAAGGUGACACAGGAGGAGGCCCCAGGAAAAGCCAAGAAUGGGGAGCCCCAGGACUCCAGGAACGGUGACACCAUAGGUGAGGACCAGGAAUGUGAAUGGGAGUUGAAGCAGUCCCUCAAGUCCUACACUACCGAGGUCCCAGCAGGAGCUUUCCAGGCCACAAAGGUCUCCCUCUGGGAGCUCCUCUUCUCCACCUAUGUCACUCAUGCCAAGAGGCAGGAGCUGCUGGGGCAGCUGAAGGCUGGCAGCCUGGCACUGGAUGAGCUGGCCAGGCUCCUCACCCUGCUGGUGCAGGAGGCCCUGGAGCGCAGCAGCCAGGUCAAGUUCAGAGGCCUCCGCAGGCAGGUGACCGCCUCGGACCUGCUGGACUCAGGCAUCAUCGACAGCGACACGAUGGCCCAGUUGGUGCAGGGCUCCAAGACGGUGCAGGAGGUGACCCAGAUGGCCUCCGUCAAGCGCUACCUGGAAGGCACCGGCUGCAUCGCCGGAGUGCUGGUGCCCUCCAAGGCCGACCCCGCCAAGCUGGAGAAGAUGAGCAUCUACCAGGCCAUGUGGAAGGGCAUCCUGAGGCAGGGCACGGCACUGGUGCUGCUGGAGGCGCAGGCGGCCACUGGCUUCCUGCUCGACCCCCACAGCAACCAGAAGCUGUCGGUGGACGAGGCGGUGGCGGCCGGGCUGGUGGGCAGCGAGCUGCACGAGAAGCUGCUGUCGGCGGAGAGGGCAGUCACCGGCUACAAGGACCCCUACACCGGGGACAAGAUCUCCCUCUUCCAGGCCAUGCAGAAGGAGCUGAUCGUCAAGGAGCAUGGCAUCCGCCUGCUCGAGGCCCAGAUCGCCACCGGUGGCAUCAUCGACCCCGUCCACAGCCACCGCCUGCCCGUGGAAGCUGCCUACCAGCGCGGCUACUUUGACCAGGAGAUGAACCAGGUCCUGUCCGACCCCGGUGAUGAUACCAAGGGCUUCUUCGACCCCAACACCCAGGAGAACCUCACCUACCUGCAGCUGCUGCGCCGCUGUGUGCCCGACCCAGCCACAGGGCUGUAUCUCCUUCAAAUGAGCACAAUGUCUGCAGGGGCAACGGAGAACCUGAGUGGACUUCCUCAGAACAACAACGUGGGAAGGAACCUGGCUGCAGGUGGACACAAAGAGACGAGUGAAGGCAGCUUCAUAGCUGGAGUCUUCCUCCAGGGCACGAAGAAGAAGCUGAGCAUCUACGAGGCCAUGGUGAGGGGGCUCCUGACGCCGGGCACGGCGCUGGUGCUGCUGGAGGUGCAGGCAGCCUCGGGGCUCCUGCUGGACCCGGUGAGGAACCAGAAGCUGUCGGUGGCUGAGGCGCUGGCUGAAGGCCUCAUCGGCAGGGACUUCCACCAGAAGCUGCUGUCUGCUGAGGGGGCGGUGGCAGGGUACAUGGAGCCCUGCACGGGGCAGAAGAUGUCCCUGCUGCAGGCCAUGCGGAGAGGCCUCAUCGUCAGGGAGCAUGGCCUGCGCCUGCUCGCAGCCCAGGUCGCCACCGGCGGCAUCAUCGACCCCGGCCAUGGCCACCGCCUGCCUGUGGAGCUGGCCUGCCAGCGUGGCUACCUGGACCAGGAGCUGUGCCAGUGUCUGUGUGACCCCAAGAACCAAACCAGGAGCUGCUUCGACCCCAACACCCAGGAGAACCUCACCUACCUGCAGCUGCUGCGCCGCUGUGUGCCCGACCCAGCCACAGGGCUGCUGAUGCUGCAGCUGCUGGACAGGAGCUCAGUGCUGCACCGGCUGCCAGAGGAUGCCCGCAGAGCCCUGCAGAGCACCCGCACCACCCUCAGCCUGGGGCUCUUCCAGGGCCAGAGCGUCACCCUCUGGGAGCUCCUCUUCUCCCGCUACGUCCCUGAGUCCCAGCGGGAGGAGCUGCUGAGGAGAUACAAGGAGGGGACAGUCACCAUCUCGGAGAUGGUCACCAUCCUCACCACCACCAUCACCAGGGCUGAAGAGCAAGGAGGGGAUCUGAGCUCAUCCACAGCCAGACCCAACCCCGAGGCAGGACCUUCACAACCAGUCCAGGAAAUGCAGUCCCAGGAGCAACAGCUGCGGAAGUCCUUGAAGUCUGCAACCAUCGCGGUCACUGCUGGGGAGCUCCAGGGGCAGAACGUCUCCCUGUUGGACCUGCUCUUCUCCAGCUACAUCCCUCAAGAGAAGCGGCAGGAGCUGCUGGAGCUGUACAGAGCAGGCAUCCUGACCACAGAGCAGGUGGCCGCCGUGGUCACCACCAUUGUCAACAGGACAGAGGCUGCAAACGCUGUGCUCCUGGACAGUGCCAGAAGUCCACACACAGUGGCGCCAAAGGCAGGGGACAAUGGAGAGGAGUUCUCAACACAAGAUAGUAUCUUGAAGUCCACCACCAUUGAGGUACCAGCUGGGGAGUCCCAGGGCAGGCAGGUCUCUGUGUGGGACUUGCUCUUCUCCAGGUAUGUUCCUGAGGAGAAGAGGCAGGAGCUCCUGCAGCUCUACCAUGAAAGGCUAUUGACUCUGGAGCAGAUGACAACUGUGGUCACCACGCUGGUCAAGAAAAAAGAAUCAGCACAAAGGAAGUUCCAAGUUUCAGCCAAGGUCUCCAACAAGGACACCGUGCCACCAGGGGAGCAGGAUGCUCAGGACUCCUCCAAGGAAGAGCCUUGGAAAAUAGCCUUGAAGACCACAGUGGUUGACAUGGAGGUUGGAGAAUUCCGAGGCCACAAGGUGAAGAUGGUGGUCAGCACCAUUGUGACCAAGGCAGAAACAGCAAGAGCAGAGCAGUCUGCAAGUGAGAGAGGUCCAAGAGAGGAGUCAAUGGUUGUAGAAGCUGAGGAUACCCACAUGCAGGACAGGAUCUGGGAGGAGACCCUGAAGUCCACCACAGCUGGGAUAUCACUGGAUGAGUUCCAGGGCAGGCAGGUCUCUGUGUGGGACCUGCUCUUCUCUGACUACAUCCCUGAAGAGAAGAGGCAGGAGCUCCUGCAGCUCUACCAUGCAGGGACAUUGGCCUUGGAGCAGAUGACAACUGUGGUCACCACGCUGGUCAAGAAAAAAGAAUCCACACGAAGGAAGUUCCAAGUUUCAGCCAAGAUCUCCAACAAGGACACCUUGCCAGCAGAAGAGCAGGAUGGUCAGAACUCCUCCAAGGAAGAGCCUUGGAAAAUAGCCUUGAAGACCACAGUGGUUGACAUGGAGGUUGGAGAAUUCCGAGGCCACAAGGUCUCUGUGUGGGACCUGCUCCACUCCAAGUACAUCCCUGAGGAGAAGAGGCAGGAGCUCCUGCAGCUUUACCGUGAAGGUACACUCCCCAUCCAGGAACUGGUCAGCAUCCUGGCGGGCAGCCAAAGGCACCUUCCCCAGCAGACAGUGGAUCUCCUGCAGUCCGAGGGCUCCUACAUCACCUUUGGCCAGUUCCAGGAGCAGAAGGUGUCUGUCUGGGAGCUGCUCUCCUCCAAGCAGGUCUCCAAGUACCAGCGAGAGGCCCAGCUGGACUCAUACAGCAAUGGGAGGCUGAUGGUCAACAAGAUCACCGUCACCACCACCGUCAUCACCCGCCCACAGCGCCACUAG